AUGGUGAUGACUGGGGAGGCUUCGAUGAAGCGUCUCUCCUCCACUUUAAAGAACUUGCUUCAUGUACCAGAGUAUUUGGUGCCGCCUCGGAUAUUGGAUUUGGCUGAGAAGUUCGAUUCUUGUGGUGGCUGGGGUCUUGAAAGAGCCUUCCAGAAGUGGGCUCUGAAGCAAGACUUUCGAGCUUGCUUACCAGAACCCUUUGUGAUUGAAGUGCCCAAAGUGAAGCCUGCCCCAGGAGGAGAUCAAACGGUGAAGAUCGGCAUGUUCUUGCCUCACAUGAUCAUGAAUAGUCUUUAUGAAUUCCGCAGUGGUGAGCUGUUCUAUUCUUUGAUGGCUGGAACUCCCCAUGACUACACAAUGUACUGGGAGCAAGAUGUGAACAAACAGCUUGCUCGGGAUAUUUGGGGAGAGGUUCCGCCUCGUGCAGUCCCAUUUCGCUUGUAUGGGGAUGGUGCUGAUGUAUUGGGGUGCGAGAACUUUGAGAUGCUGUCGCUGGUUUCUGUUUGCGGAGCUGGGAAAGGGUCCAUGGAUAGCCGAUUUGUGAUAUGUUUGCGCUCAACAGUAUCGACUGAUGAUGCCUGCCGUGAGACCAUUCUCAGAUGGGUCGCGUGGAGCUUUAGGGCAAUGAGCCGCCCCCUUAACUUAUUUAGUAAUGGUGACCCUAUAGCCGCCUGGGGCGUCGUGAUUCAAUCGGUUGGCCGCUUGAGGCUCCGGAAUUUGGCCAGAAGUGGACCCAUCUGGGAAGAAGUUCGAAAGCUAGGUUGCAAGAAGGUUUCGUUGAACUAA